AUGAAGGGAAUUGGGGAGAAUUUAUUUGCAAUUCAUGGUAGCAACUCCAUGGGACAAGCUGCAAAGUCAGCCCCUAAUGCUUGGGGUAGCGAGAUUAAGAAACUGGGCAUAUCAUCGCUUAGUGAUCAUAGAAAGGGAAUUGGUCAUGCGACUCAGAUGUUUUGGGCAGGCACCAAAACAGUAGGUUGUGGAGUGAUGACUUGCGGUAAGAAAAAUGUAAUGGUUGUGUGCCAGUAUUACCCACCAGGAAAUUGGGUGCGAACACAAAUGUAUCAAAGAGGAAAGAUCCUAUCAGAUUGUGGCAAAGGAAGCAAUGAAAUCGCCGAUAGAAACUCUGGCCUUUGUAUAUGGUCUUAA